GCUCGGUGUGUCGCUAUCGUGCCGUGCUCAAGCCCGUUCAAGAGCAGCGGUGUCCUGACAGAACCGUGUCCCCUACACCACCUGGAUCUGUGCUGCGUCGUGACAGUCCGCGCUCGCUUCGCCGAGGAGUGAUUUCCGUUGUGCCGACGACACGUUCAGCCUGUCCCUCUUUCUCUGGUCAGCAGUGUUGUUCUUCCCUUUUUGUGUACAGUGACGUAUCUGCAGGUGUGUUUCUGUGUGCGGUGUUGCCUCUUGUUGCGAGUACGCUCCCGCUUCAUUAGUCGCCGUCGUCUGCUACGGGCGAAAAUUUCUCUUUGUUUCGUCGUCUGCUGACAACGCCGCAGAGCGCUGGGAUAAAUCUUUCUGUGACACCUGAACCCUGGCCGGUGGCUUACCCUCUUUUCUUUUUAGUCUUCUCCGAGAAAAACGAAAAAGAAAAGUAAUUCAGCCUUUGUUUCGUCUGGUGGGUACACGCGGAUUUCGUCUGCUGUCCUCACUUUCCAAGUAAAUCGAGCCGUUCCGUGCGGGAUUCUCCGUUUGUUUAUUAUUCUUUGUUAUUAUUAUUAUUUUGUUUCGCUUUAUCGCGCCCCACACACAUACGUGCCUGAUUCCUUCUCGCGGAUCUGCGUCCAAGUCCAACCGUGGACGCCUUGUGUCUCGUCCGAGCUCGAUCGCGAUCACCGUUGUCGCCCACGGAGUCGCCGGACGUCGACGCCGGAAGGUUUCGCCGCCGCUUCGACGACGUCGUCGUCGACCUGUUGGAUAUUGAACGUCCGGGGGCCUGCCUUACCUGGAGAUCCCGCUUGGCGCACCUGUCCGCCGACCAAGAGGCAGCGAGCAGCGUGUACGAUGGAGUCGCUAGGACGGUACCGCCGGCUCUACGGACCCGUUUCCUGAACAGGGUUAAGCCGGCGCAGCCAGGAGAAGCCCAGCGGGGGGAGUCGUCGCACUCCCUGCUUCGGACGUCCCGUCCCGGUGCUCGUUUUCCCACUUCGACGCCGUCAAGCUGGGUCCGAAAUCCGAGAGCAGCAGCAGCAUGUCGGGCAGCGACGCCAGCGUCUUCCUCUCGGCCGUGCGCUGGGACGACGCCGGCGUGCCCCUGCAGGAGUUCAUGCAGAAGUUUCCUGAGCCCCAGGUGGCGCGGGUGGUGCGGGGCCAGCACCGUCACGUGGGCGUCCCCUCGCUCUCCUCGCCGGGCCUGAGCAGCGUGGUGUUCCUGUCGCCGCUGGGCGCUCGGCUGCGCAUCAGCGCCCAGUGCGUCAAGUUCAAGGAGAACCGGCAGCGCGUGGUGGCCAUCGGCCCGCGGCUGGCCAUCCCGGACGGCUACCGGGGCUGGUUCGAGAUCCUCUCGGAGGACGGCCGGGCGUCGCGCUGCUUCGAGAGCGUCGCCGAGCUGAUGCGCCGCUCGCCGGACACGUGCCUGGUGCGCGAGCCGCUCAAGGCGCACCUGGCCCACCCGGACGACCCCGAGCAGGUGACGGACAAGACGAGGACGCUGCACGUGGGCGAGACGCUCGUCGUGGUCAAGGAGCACACGUCCCCUAUGGUACGAGCCUCCCUGGCCCGGCUUCGGUCUUCGGCCCCGCACGGCCGCUUCCUGCGCUGCCUGACGUCUGCCGGCGAGACGGUGUACCUGGCCGCCGAGUCCCGGGGCAAGUUCUCGCCCAUCGCCAAGGAGGGCAACAUCUCGGGCGUCCACUCGGUCAAGACGCUGCUCUGCAAGCGGUUCCCGCUCAUGGUCCGCCUGGUGCACGGCCGGCCGGCGCCGUCGGGCCUGAAGACGUCCGAGCUCCGGCUGUACGGCGUCGAGCGCGAGGAGUGCGUGCUCGCCCUGCCCCUGGUCAAGGACGCGCCCGCGCUGGCGCUGCCGCAGUCCUCGCCGCUGCGCCUGCAGCCGCCCAAGAACACCGAGGCCCUGGCGCAGAUGCCCGAGUACGCGAGGCUCGCGGACAAGUGCAAGAGACUGCAGGACCGCAUGGACGCCAUCGAAGUCUUGGAGACGACGCGCAGCAGCAGCGAUUUCUUCUCGUCCAAGACGCCGCCGCAGCGGAGUCUCUCCGAACCGAACAGCAAGCCGCCGCAAAGUCCACCCGCCACCGCCGUCGUCCCGCCGACGAACGGCGUCGAGAGGGUGCAGUCCACGCCCGCGCCUGACGACUACCGGUACGAGGAGAUCGACCAGAUCUACGACUACGUCCGUGGCUUCGCUCCGCUUCCCGAGAAAAUCAAGACCGAGCUCAUAGAGGGCGUCGGCGAGAGCAACAACGAAUGCGAGAAGUCGCCUUCUUCACCGCCGCCGGCUCCCGCGACCUCGGUUGCGUCACGGGAGAAGCCGUUGCCGCCUCCCAUAGAGACCAUCCCAGCUAGGCGGUACUCGCUCGCCACCGACCCCGGACCGAACUCCCCGCCGACGGCCGCUCCGGUCUCGAAGUCUCCCUCGAACCCGCGAGCCAAGGACACGGACUCGCACGUCUACGAGGCUGUCAUGAGACGCUGCUCGGACGAGCACAAGUCCAAAGGAGGCAGCGUGGCCCCGACGUGUCGGUCGGGCGUCCCCAGAUCCUCGGGCGUGCCCAGGCCUCCCAACAACAAGCUGUUCGUCAAGAGCGCGCACCAGGUCCGGAACGGAAGCGCCAAGCCUCGCAUCUUCCGCAACGCCGGCCGCAUCCCUGUCGCCGCGGCGACCGUCAAGGACCCGUCCAUGCACCACCCGCACGGGCCUCACCAUCACCACCACCCUCCGUGUCCGGCGCACCACCACUGCCCCAACGGCGUCAUCAUGGGCAGCGUCAACACGUCCGUGGGGCCGCCGCCUCCGACGGCCAUGUUCCAGAAAGCCUCGUCAAGGGCGGCCAGGACCUGCCGCGGAGCCAAGCCCGUCAACGGGACGAUAACGACGUCGCCCCUGUUCAACAUCCGCUACAAGUCGCUCACCAACUUGGCCGUCGACUUCAACGACACCCUAGACUCGAGCAACUCGGGCGGUGGUGCGUCUUCCGGCGGCUCCAAGGGUUCCGGCUCCAAGGGGUCUGGUUCCAAGGGGUCCAAGCACGACCGCACGGGGUCCGUGCCUCCGCACAAGCUGUCGCGGCCAAAGUCCCUGAGCAAUCUCUUCUGGGAUGUGGAGGCCAACAACAGGUACAACCUGCUUCUGCACAACGAGCUCAAGGCGAACCAGUUCAUCUACGCCGACUUGCCAGCGAAGAUCGCAGCCGCAGCCGAGCGCUCGGGCAAGAAGGUCGGGACGCUGUACCUGUGAAGCACAACAUGCCUGCAUUUCAUGUGCGGUCGAUCGCGCUUUGCUUAGUUCUUGUUUGUUUUUUUGCCCGCUUUCUCAACUUGUAUAUAUAAGUCUAACUGCCAAUAUGGGAGGCGGGCCGUUUGUUCCGCUUAGAGCGAAAAAAAUGUAUUUUUUUUGUUUCCUCCCACUAAAAAAUGUCGAGACGUGGACCAAUUUCGCUGGGGAACUCUGUCCCGGAACUUUGUGAGGUGUCCGCUUGUCUUCUUACCCAAACCAAGCGAUUUCAACUCUACACCGAAAUACUCCGCGCACGAUCCUGCCAUAAGCAAACUUCGCAUUGUUAUGCAAACGUUCUUGCGCCAUCACAGAAGAUCAGUCGAGGAUAAUCAUGACUCUGAGCCUUACUGUGCCAGCGUCGACUGUCAAGUCAUCACCAAAGUGCGGUUGCGUUAUGCGUUAACAGUGUCAUCAGAACGGAGAUAUGGAAUGGUAGCUGUCUCUGUAUGAGCUAGAAGCCAGGCGAUGUGGAAAAGAAACAGCUUGUGGCUCGCUUACCAAUCGUUCUUUUGCCUGGCAAAGUCCUUCGAUGUGCAGCUAAUCGUUUUACAGAGCCACCAAGAUUCAAAUUGCGCACCGUGUAAUGACAGCCCACAUAUUCGUGUUUCUUUCUUUUUUUAGACAUCCUGCUCCGAAUAUGUCUAUGAUAUCUAUGUUCUUCCAUGCAUAAUAUACUCGCUUCAGGCUCCGGAUGUUCACAAUACUCACGUGGUUGAGAGGACAACGGCACAGCACAUGUCGAGAGUUCCUUAGUGUGUUCCGCUGACAAAUGUCCCGGGGUUGAGAUCGCGGAAUAAAGGCCAACGCCCUGCGCAUUACUUAGUCACUGCGAGCAGGCCCUACUGCUGCGUCGUUUUUUUUCCUCGUUGUUCUUAAUGGUGCUUGUAACUCGUCGACUACAAUAAGGAUAUACAUCUUCUGGUCGUCCACUACCUGUCGAAAGAAGGCGAACUUCUGCUGUGUAAGGCCUAGCCUUUUGCUUACGAUGUCUUGCGCGAAUCGUCGAUACGGAUGUUUUAAACGAGUUGCGAAGUUUUGUGCGAAACAAUCUGUGCGUACUCGUCCUGUCUCCACUCUUCUGCGUGCUUUGUGCUGACUUGCGGUGAAGUGUAAGACGGUGGCAACGGACUGAAUAGCCUGGAAAGACGCUCGCAGUUUCCCAAUGCACUGUCUACGAAGGGGGAAAGGACUGCGUUCCUAAACUUGCUGUGGUGUGACGUGACGGGACAUGACGCGACGUGGCCUUGACUAGAGAGUCCUCGAGUCAAAAGUAACGGUGUGGUGUGUAAUGUAUUCACGCAUGGUCCCAACUUUGUUGAGUGAAACCAACAGCUUGCGGCGUUUCAAACCGGCAACAGCGGAGUGCUUUAUCGACUGUGCAUGGGACUAUUCCUGUGUCAGCGGAAAUCAUCGACCAAGUCUUCCAAACGUUCUCAAAUAGUCGCUGGGGUUCGUCUCGUGAGUCUCGUCUACGCCAGCAAAGUUACAAGUCGUGGCGUCAGAUUUCCUAGACUCCUACACACAGAAAGGAAAUGUCAGCCCAAGAUCUGUUCGGCCUGUUGCGUUGUGACUCGCGAUCGCUUUGCAAUUUGGUACUCAGUUGCAGUGAAUGACGUCACUACUGAAGAAUAUUUGUCAGUGGUGUCGUUUGGCACUGAAUUGUAGAGAAUGACGUAGAUAACGACUCAACUUUACCAGUGACACCACCUCAGCGAAUGACAUCAUCAGUGACUUGGUGACGUCACUGGUGUUAUCACUCAGUCUGACAUUCACGUCAGUGGUGGCUUCACUCGCUGCACUUACAGCGUGUUGCGCUGCAUUAGUGACGUCAUUGUCUGGAAAUACCACAUUGCAACGCGUCCGGGAUUCGCAGCAUAACGUAGGCCAACAGCUACGUCACCAGUGACGUCACUGACAAAGUGACGCUGUUAUGUGACGUGAAGUGCUGGGCGUUAUAAGUGGUACAGUAAUUGGCACGUCACGAUCCCAUUCCCUCUUCAGUGCGUUUUUUUUUUUUUUUUUGCACAUGGUGCGCGAGCAGUUCUUCACGGAACGGGCAGACUGUGAGCUUUCGUCUUGGUACGUACACUGUCUGACAUAGCCAGGCUGCUGCCUCUCUGAGCAACAUAUCAAACGUGUAUGCACAGAGGCCCUCUGAUUUAUCUCGCAUUGAAAAAAAAAAAAAAAAAACGGAAAUGCGCACCAGCGCCACCUGUCGCUUUGCGUACCUGUUUGUAAGGUAGUUUGAAAGCGCCGCCGCAACAGUUGUCCAGCGCACUUCUCUCGUCACGCCGCUUAACUAUAGAUCUCGAAUACGCGUCACGAAGUCAGUAAAUGCAUAGGCAAGCACGCACUUCCCUCACUUCAUCGCUGACGAGGCUGCGCGCGUUAUGGCCGAAACUGCACUUUUCUACUAGAAGCAGUUUUCAACCGCGAUAAAUGCCGAGUUCAAGUUUUUGAGGUGCCGAACAAGAUUACUAUUACGCGUUAGCAUGUUCAGACGCUUUUCCUGAAAGCAAAAACGAAAGCAUUGGGGAAGGGAAUGAGGCGGAAGCUGCAGUAGCAAUAUCUCUACGUAUUCUGCAAAUUUCCGUGCAAGUAUGGCGGGACGGUUAAAACAGUUUAUUUGCAUUGCUGUUUCUUUUUGUUAAAUGCAAACCGCUUCCUUGUUUGUUUAUUCCUCGUUUUGUUCGUGGUCGUCAGUCUUGCGCCCUCCGAUAGCUUGGGACUUCGCCAGUGCUAGCCCGAGUGACACAACUAACUCUUUAUAGUUGAUCUUGUUUUUUUUUGUAAACAUAAGGUAUAUUCACGAACUCUUAACGCAGACGAGUGGUUGGAUUAAAGGAGCCCCAGAGAGGAACGUUUCACUCAUAGAAACGAGAGUGCGAAGAUAAUAAGUCUGCUUUGUGAUAUUUUCGUCAAUAACCGACAGUUUCACGUCGUCGUGGCAACGACACUGUGGACCGACCAGGCGAUCUUUUCGCAGCAAAAGAAUAGGGUACACCGUAAAUCUAAUUACGCAAUUAAAAGUGAAUAAGGGUGUAAAUCGGUCUAUAACUUGCACACCUGCACUCAAAGAGUGUAACUCGCACCUCACCCUUAAAAAAAAUUACACCCUUUGGGGCUCAUCUUGCCCACAACGAUAAUCGUCAUCUGUCUUGCCUGUAUUUCCUUUAUUUAACGCUGCGAGCCCGGUGCUUCCAAGUCACUAACGGCAUGCGCGUUAUCAGCGUGACACAACAUUCUCAACAGGAAAGUAGCGAGCGCCGAGUUUUCAAGAACGGAAACUCAAGAAAGGCAGAUGACGAUUAUUGUUGUGGGACAAAUAUACACCCCAAAGGGGGGUGCAACUGCUUUAGGAGUGCUUACACCCAAUGGGUGGGAGUUAUAGACCUAUUUACACCAUAUUCACUUUUAAGGGUGGAAAUUAUUUCACAGUGUAGGCGCGAGGAGGCACUGUCUUGUAAGCUGAGAGGGAACUGUUGGCCCCUUGUCCAGUGAAUUGAUUUAGUGGCUGCUGGAUCGACUGAUCCAUCAGUCAUGUGACAGCCGUGUUUGUUGGUCGGUUGCCGAGCUAGCUUUUGUUCAGAUUGCUUCUGUAUCUAUUGCUGGUCGGGAUUCAUAUGAGAUUUGCCGUAUGUGCUAACGUUCCGAUUCACUGCCUUAGUUAAUCUAAUCUAGCUGCCAUCAAAUGUAUAGUUGAAACACGAAAUAUUUAUGUUCCGAAUUCGUCAUAAUUGUCAGUUUUAAUGUUUUCGAUGGGUUUGGAUAAGAGUUAUUUCCGCAAACUCUUCCCCUUGAAAUGGGUGGUGGAGAUAAAUGGGGGUAAAAAUUUCGAAGGGUGUUGUAGCUUUAGUUUCGGGCUACUAUAUAGUACUGAAAUGGACCAACGUAGAACAUUACCUGCUAGUCAUUAACGCUGACGUUCAACAUCAACAUCCCGUUGGUGAUAAUGUUGAACGUGCACGUUAGUCGCUGGUAGUGACUAAAUGAGGUAUAGACUGGAUAAAUAAAACUUAUCAAUAACGAUGUUCUCCCUGAAAUAGUUUUUAAACAAACUGGCCCAGUGGCUCGUUUCCCCAUUAUUCGAUUAACGUCGCCGGACGUUCGGUGGCCGCUUAUUACACCGUAGUUAAUUGACUUGCAGAGAAAGCCGUGAGCUGUAUGGCAGAAAACACGUUAACAACGCUGCUUUGCUCUAAGCACCCAUGAACUGCUGCGAAGGAGUUGGUAUAUUAAAAAAAAAUACUUCGUUGGGAGCUUCGUUCUUCCGAAACACUUCCUCUGUCAUCCCGCGAUUUACACUGCGCAGUUCGGUGAACCGUCCAAUCACGGGCCACGCGGUCACGUGAUCGCUGUCACGUGACCAGUCACGUGAUCGUGCAUCAAGCCGCUGCCCUGCCGAGGGCCGUGUGCCUCGUCUCCCCCCCUGUGCCAUGGCGCUCUGCGUACGCGAGGAAAUCGCGGCCGAUAAAUGGAUAUCGCUGCAGCACGUGCGACGUGACUCAUUGUGUGUGUCUGUUUUUUUUUUCUUCGUCCUAGUGAGUGUAUAGUAAAGAACAAAAAAAAGGUGAAUAAAUUGUUUAAAAUAUCGCA